UAUUAUUUUAACAAUAAAAAUAAAUCGAAUUAUAGAAUCAAAUUGGUUCGUUCCUUUUCACCCCAAUGUCAAACGUCGUCGUACUCGAUAACGGCGGUGGCCUGAUUAAAGCGGGCCAAGGAGGCGAGCGCGAUCCCGCCGUCGUAAUUCCCAACUGUCUCUACCGACCUCUUACCUCCAAAAAGUUCCUCCACCCCACCACUACCACCGAAGAAGACCUUACCUCCGCCGCUAUCCGCCGCCCCAUCGACCGAGGCUACCUAAUCAACCCCGAUCUCCAACGCGACAUCUGGUCCCACCUCUUCAACUCCCUCCUCCACGUCUCCCCUUCCUCUUCCUCCCUCCUCCUAACCGAGCCCCUCUUUUCCCUCCCUUCCAUCCAACGCUCCACCGACGAACUCAUCUUCGAAGACUUCGGCUUCAACUCCCUCUUCGUCGCCGAUUCUCCUUCCCUCGUCCACCUCUACGAGUCCAGCCGCCGUCCUGACAGCCUGCUUUCCGAGGCGCAGUGUAGUUUGGUGGUCGACUGUGGGUUCUCCUUUACCCACGUGGCCCCUGUCUUUCAGAACUAUACCUUGAAUUAUGGGGUGAAGAGGAUAGAUUUGGGUGGGAAAGCCUUGACUAAUUAUCUCAAGGAAUUGGUUUCGUAUCGCUCCAUUAAUGUGAUGGAUGAAACCUUUCUAAUGGACGAUGUUAAAGAGAAGCUCUGCUUUGUUUCUCUUGAUGUUGAAACAGAUCUCCAGAUUGCCAGGAAACAAGGAAAAGACAACCUUUUUAGAUGUACCUAUGUAUUGCCUGAUGGUGUGACUCACAAAAAGGGUUAUGUUGAAGACCCUGAAGCAGCCCAGAGGCAUCUCAGAGCCUCUCCAUCAGCUGCCAUGGAACCAAACAAAGAGGCAUAUCAGUUGGAAACUAUCGCCAAGACUGAGGAGAGGAAGAGGGUGGAUUUAACUAAAAAUGAGUUUGACUUAAUGAAUGAACGGUUUCUCGUUCCGGAGAUGAUCUUCCAACCUGCAGAUUUGGGAAUGAAUGAGGCCGGACUAGCAGAAUGCAUUGUUCGAGCUGUCAAUGCGUGCCAUCCUUAUCUUCGCCCUGUACUUUAUCAAAGCAUUAUAUUGACCGGUGGAAGUACAUUGUUUCCUCGAUUUGCCGAAAGACUACAAAAGGAUCUUCGCCCUCUUGUCCCACAUGAGUAUCAAGUGAAGAUAACAACUCAAAACGAUCCGAUCCUAGAUGUGUGGCGUGGAGGUUCGCUUUUGGCAUCGAGUCCCAAUUUUGAAUCAACAUGUGUCACCAAGGCUGAGUAUGAAGAGCAUGGAUCGGCUCGAUGUCGGAGGAGAUUCUUUCAUUGAAGGAAGAUGUUGCUGGAUAUCAACUGGCUGUUAUAAGAGCUUGAGCAUAUCUUCCAUGGUGAACAGCAUUCUUUCCACGAAGGGUCGAUCUCAUAUGCUCGCAUCAAACUUGAUUUGGUAAAUUACUAAAAUUUGAGCUCUUGAAUCAAUGUGUUUUCCUUGUGGAAAUGAAUUUCUCCACAAUUAGCCAGGCAUUUAAGAGGUUAGCUUUGUGAAAAUGCAACGAUGGGCCACAAUCACUGAAGAAUAUAUGACUCGAUUGAUGGACUUGUAUUUAUAUAGGUAGUUGCUCGACUAAAUUGGUGUUGGGUUAAUUGGACAUCAAUUCAGUUGGGAAAUGAGUAGAAAUUUAUUUUUGUUUACAAAGUAAUAAAUAUUAUUAUGAGAUUUUAUUUUGA